UAAAGGUUUUACAUUGUGGUUAGACCAGUUUUAAGCAAAAUUUAACUUUGUUUUGCGUAACACAAACUCGAAUUACUGACACACAUUCAUAUAUGAGAGAUAAUCGCUGUACUUUAAUCCGUGUCGGCGUUCUUAUUAUUUGUUAAAGGGUUCAUUCUAAAACGUUGCUGAGAGUUUGUCUUGUGGGCGAGAGGGUACUUAUCUUGUGGGGAUCAAAGGUCUACCACUUCCUGCAUCUCCCUCCUUCACAAACUCCAGGUGCAGUCCAGGAAAACUGGCUAUUGCACAGCGUUAGCAUCAAAAGCAAUGUCUGGAAGUCCUGCUGUUGUUAUGCGGCUGGUGGCCUCAGCCUAUGCUGUGGCUGAAAAGGCUGGGACCAUUGUACGGAAGGUCCUUCACAGUGGAGAACUUGGUAUUGUGGAAAAGACGGGAGCUAAUGAUCUGCAAACACUGGCAGACAGACUAGCACAGCAAAGCAUUUGUGCUUCACUGUCCAAACGUUUCCCCAAAAUCACCAUAAUUGGAGAGGAGGAUCUCCCUUCUGAAGAGAUACAGGAAGAUCUAAUUGAGACUGGCCAGUCAGAGGAAAUUCUUCAGAGGAGUUGUCCACCUGAGUACAGCCAGCUGAAAGAAGAAGAGAUAGUUGUGUGGGUAGAUCCUAUUGAUGGCACAAAGGAAUAUACUGAAGCAUCGAGGUGUCUCCAUUUCCAAGCUGUGGCCCAGGCACCACACAAAGGAUUGGACACCCCUCAGCCUCACAGCACAGCUCUCUGGCUCCUGGAUAAUGUGACAGUGCUCAUUGGGAUUGCAUAUGGAGGCAGAGCCAUCGCAGGCGUGAUCAACCAGCCGUUCUACAACUACAAGCUUGGUGCAGGAACACAAUUAGGAAGAACCAUGUGGGGGAUGCUGGGAUUGGGCGCUUUUGGGUUCCAGCUCCAGGAAGUUCCAGGUGACAGACGGAUUGUCACCACCACCCGUUCCCAUAGCAACAAGCUGGUAACAGACUGUGUGGAUUCCAUGGAGCCUCACGAAGUUGUACGAGUGGGUGGUGCUGGAAAUAAGAUUAUCCAGCUUGUUGAAGGAAAAGCUUCUGCCUAUGUCUUUGCUAGUCCAGGGUGCAAGAAGUGGGACACUUGUGCUCCUGAAGCAAUCCUGCAUGCCGUUGGAGGUAAACUGACUGAUAUGCAUGGAAAUGCAUACCGCUAUGAUGCUAAUGUAAAGCACAUGAACUCUGCCGGGGUUCUUGCUACACUCCGUAACCACGAGUACUACGUCAGCAGAGUACCACAGUCAGUGCUGCAAGCUCUCAAGUCAGACUGAGGUCUGUCUUUAUGUUCCCAAAACUAAGUGUAAAAUCACUGUUUUGUUUUUUUAUUAAGCACAUUAUUUGACUGGUGUAUCUAAUUUUCAAAUGUAACUAGUAACAGCAGUUUUGAGGGUAUUCUGUAUUCCUGUGCCUAAAACAAAUCACCGUGAUUUCUGAGUGUCAGUGGACUAACCAAACCACAACUAUGUUCUACACUCAUUUAAUGAAUCAGACACGAGUAUUAAAGCAGGCUUAACAACGCUUCCAUUUAUUUCACUCAUUUGAAACAAACUUGUACAAAUCUCAGAACAUCUUAACAUACUGUUUCUCAACUUGAAGACCAAUAGAUUUACAAGGCAAAAGGCAAGAUAUGAAGGUUAAAUGUUGGUUAGUGAGUUGGAAAUGAUGUACUGUACUUGAUUCGGUA